AUGGCGAGCGUGUUUCGCUGGUUGAAGUCUGAAGAGGGUUUUAGCGAGCAAUACGCGCACGCGAGAGAGGCCCAGGCUGACGCUUUGGCGGAUGAGAUUGUUGAUAUCGCCGACACUGAAGAGGACGCGGCGAAGGCUCGUGUUCGCGUUGACGCGCGCAAGUGGGUGGCUGGCAAGCUCAAACCCAAGCGCUAUGGCGACAAGGUGACGAACGAGCACACGGGCGCUGAGGGCGGCGCUAUCUCCAUUCAGAAAGAGCUUCACAGGGACAGUACGCGCUUCAAAGUGGUUGUCAUCCACCGCCGGGGCGGCAAGACGGUCGGCGCGGUCAUGGAUAUGCUUGACCAUGCGAUACGAGCCACGAGUGAACGCCCGCGUUAUGCGUACAUCGCGCCUUACUACAAGCAGGCCAAGGCGGUGGCUUGGGAUUAUCUGAAGGCGUUCGCGCUGAGGAUCCCCGGCACGCAGGCCAAUGAAAGCGAAUUGCGGGUUGAUUUGCCCAAUGGGGCGCGCAUCCAGCUUUACGGGGCUGACAACUACGACGCCUUGCGGGGGAUUUACCUGGACGGCGUUGUGCUGGACGAGUUCGGCGAUAUGGACCCGCGCGCUUGGGCUGAGGUUAUCCGGCCUGCUUUGUCGGACCGGCAGGGUUGGGCGACGUUCAUCGGGACACCCAAGGGGCAGAACACAUUCUACGAGCUGUACCAGCACGCCAAGGAGGCGGAUGGUUGGUCGGCCCGGAUGCUCAAGGCCAGUGAGAGUGGUCUGGUUGCUGAGGAUGAGUUGCGCGACGCCCGCGCGGUCAUGACUGAAGACCAGUACGCGCAAGAGUUUGAGUGCAGCUUUGAGGCGGCGAUACCGGGCGCUUACUACGCCAAGCUGAUUGCCGAGGCUGAAGAGGACAAGCGCAUCUCCAAUGUGCCGUUUGACCCUGCUGUUCCGGUCUACACGGCUUGGGAUUUGGGUAUUGGAGAUUCAACGGCGAUUUGGUUCGCCCAGGUGCUGGGCCGUGAGGUCCGUCUGAUUGACUAUUACGAGGCCUCUGGCGUGGGGCUGGACCAUUACGUGGCUCAGUUGCGAGAAGGUCGGCGCGCCAGAUACGCCUAUGCCGAACAUUGGCUGCCGCAUGACGCAGACCAUAAAGAGCUGAGCACGGGACGCUCGCGCAUCGAGACGUUGCGCAGCCUUGGGCUUGAAGCGCGCGUGUUGCCUGUUGCGCGAGUUGAAGACGGCAUUAACGCGGUAAGGAUGCUGCUUCCCCGCGUCUGGAUCGACAAAGAGCGAUGCGCCGAGGGAAUCAAAGCCCUCAAACACUACCGGAGCGAGUGGGACGAGAAGCGCAAGGUGCUUCGCCCGCGUCCAUUGCAUGACUGGUCAAGCCACGGGGCGGACGCGAUGCGGUAUUUCGCGCAAGCCUACCGGGACACGAGCCGUUUGAUGGAAGACCUGGACCCGACAUUCUUCCAGCGGCUGUGCUCUGACGAGCGCCGGGCCUCGGUCGGCUAUGAGCACGACGAGGAACUCUACGCCCAACGCGAGCAGGCGCUGAACUACUACAAGGGCGAAAUGCCUGACGUGAAGGCGCUGCCCAAUCGCUCCAAGGCGACAAGCUCUGAU